AUGAAUAUGAAACCCAUCACCUAUGCCGUUAUGGCAGCAGUGUUGUGUUUGAUUACAUCCAAUGCUACACCCAUAGAAAGAUCAACAGUAGAUAUCAGCAGCAACGAUGAUCACAACCGAAUAGUGAAACUAAAGCAGAGAGGAUACUUGCAUGGCAGUGGAUACACAGGCUCCCUCGGCAUUGGAGAGCACUCUUUGAACACGUAUGACAUUGUAUUCGACACAGGCAGCUCUGAUUUUUGGGUGCUUUCCAACGAAGCAUGCAUUUCUAAGCAGUAUUGCCAGACACAUCAUGUAUACCAACCCAAGAAAUCCAUUAAUUACACACCAUAUGACAGCAAACGGCCACUCAUCAUUCGAUACGGAACAGGAUCAAUCAGUGCGCAUAUAGGCCGUGAUACCAUUCAAUUAGGCUCUGCUACAGUUCAUAGCCAAUUUGUAGCUGAUGCCUAUAAAAUAACUAACGAGUUUAAGAAUUUGCCCAUUGAUGGUAUCAUGGGAUUAGGGCUACCCAACUUGAGCAAAACGAUACCCAGCAAACCAACACUUGUUGAGAACAUGGUAGAGCAAGGACUGAUUGACAGAGCCAUGUUUAGUGUAUAUCUACAAGCAGCAGGUGGAGAGAUUGAUUUCGGCGGUACUGAUCCAUACAACUAUCGAGGACUCAUUACAUAUGCACCCGUUGUUGGAGAUUUGUAUUGGCAAAUAGAAAUGACUGGAGCAUCUUUUGGAAACUACUCUCUGGCAUCACGUUAUCUGAUUAUGGAUACAGGAACCACCUUACUGCUCGUCUCUCCGAAAGAGGCCGAAAUGAUGCAUGUGCAGAUCCAAGGAGCAAGAUACAACAAUGAUGGCACAUACUCUGUACCAUGUCAUCUAAAGGGAGCUUUGCCUGAGCUUGCCAUUCAGAUAGAAGGUCGCAAACUAGCGGUCUCCUCCAAUGACUACGUAUUACUACCCUCAGAUAGUGAUGCGUCCAUGUGUUUGUCAGGUAUCUCGGGUCAGAAUACAAACAAGCCUAAUCAUUGGAUCAUGGGAGAUGUAUUCUUCAAAGCAUAUUACACUGUGUUUGAUCAAGAGAACAUGAGAAUUGGCUUUGCUGAAGCAAGGGUUGAUCCCACAUUGUCUGCCGAGGUAUAUGAUGAUACCAGUUUUAAUAAACAUAACGACUCAUGA